GGCCUCGGGCAGUCAGGCUCGUCUCUGUUUCCUUCCCCCUUCUCUCUGACUCUCUUCUCCCUUGGUCUCCCUUCCCUGGCGGCGACGACUUGGGAGUUGGGACUGGGCGAGCGGCGGCGCCAUUCGUCACGUCGCCGCCUAGCCCUUUGCCGGCGACAAGCAUCCACCAGGUCUGCAGGCAGUGCCGGCAAGGAGGCCCUUCCCUCCCCGCGGGCGAGCUCCCCUUCCGAAGUGGUGAGAUUGCCAAGCACAAGGCCAAGCAGCACAAGGCCAAGCCUCAACCCCCCAAAGUAAAUAAACUAGCUUCCGGAAAGCAAAAGGUUGCAGGACAACAGAUAGGGAUUCAAAUUCCAUCUGUGGAAGAUUUGCUCAAGGAAAGUGAGGUUGAUAAGGGUAUUCUUUUGAAAGAAAUAAACAACAAAAUUGAGUCUGAUCAAACCAAGUUGAUGGAAGAAAUUAAAAAAAUAAAGGACCUCCGGUUGUAAAAUAAUGAAGAUUUAAAGAAGAUUGUUGCGGAACAUUCAAUCUUGUCUAAGAUGUAUAAUGAGAUAAAAAAACAGGGCCCAAAUUAAAGACAAAAAAAUAAAAGCGCUGAUGAGAAACAAUUGUGUAAUGCAAAUACAUGGCGUGGGGAUGAUGGAGGAUUUAUUUGUUGAGACCUUCAAACCAGGUGGUCACAUGCACGAGAUGACGUUUUGGAAGCUCUCAGGCUCAUGGAACAAAUCAUGGGAUGACCGGAUUAUGCUUUCACUUGGUGCUGUAGAACAAUUGUUAGGGAAGAAUAAAAGUUCUUGUUUUCUCGAAAGAGAAUUUAACGGUUAUGACAAACAGAAAAUACAUACGAUUUUUGUCCCUUUCGUUAUGGAUGAACACUGGUCCUUAGUUGUGGUGGAACCUGAUAUAGAAGUUAUAAUUGUUCUUGAUUCCUAUAAUGAAUUGGAGGACUCCACAGAACGUCAUGCACAACUGAUAAAUGCACUGAAAGGUCAUCUUUGUUCUUCACUAGGCCUGCAAUCUGCUAACUACAGCAUUAUUACACCAGUAGUUCAGAAGCAAAACAACCUUGAUGAUUGUGGUUUUCAUAUGCUUCUGUACAUAAUGCAAUAUAAGGAUCAAAACUACAAGAACAUUAGUGAGGCCAGAAAGUUACAGAUGAAUCAUGCUGAAGUCUCUGGUUUGUUAAGUGUUGGUAUGCAUGAAACAGAUGUGGGUGGAGAAUCAUAUGCAGUUGAAUAUCCUAAAAUGGAUCAGGAUACUUCCCAUGAAACAACCAAAUUUGAUGUAGUAAUGGCAACUUCGGCAUUGUAUACUGAUAAUAUCAAUACCAAUGCUUGCUUGGAUGAACAUCAAAUGUCAGGAAUUCAGCCUAUGGAGGAAAUUAAAUUUGGCAAUGCACAACCCUUUGAGCUUCUAUCGAAAGGAACGGCAGCUGAUUCUGAGGAAGAAAGCAUGCCAUCUAGCCCUGACACUUCGUCUACCGGUUACAUGGAGCAAAAUCUGCAACAUAUGUAUGAUGCGCUGGUUGACAAAGUACAACCAGUUGUGCUUAGUCCUGCCUUUAUAACAUGUGACAAAACUUUGCACCUUGAGCCUCACCUUACUUUCUCAUUCGAUGGGAUCAAAAUUGAGUAUUUGGAUUUAAAUUCCUUUGAAGACAAGAAGAUGAUAGCUUUACAAUGGGAAAUCUCAAAUAUUAUUUCCAUCAGUUGUAAAUGGGCUCAGAAUGUUGGAUCUGCCUUGAUAACACUCCUUGCUGGACCCAAAGCAGAAACUGGAAAUGCAGGUCCUGUUAGAGUACAAUUUUGUCUUCUUGAUUCACAAUGGCCAAGGAGACAACAGAAGAUCUGGGAACUCGGACCAAGAUAUCAAGAAAUAUGGAAGGAAAUCCCAUCAGAUGAGUUUACAUCGGAGGAUUGGAGCAUUGAACCCAGUCUGUUUUUUCCUAGGCAAUACUUUUCAAGCACUGACGACUUUGAAGAUAUAAUCUAUCCCCAAGGAGAUCCUGAUGCUGUUUCCAUUAGCAAAAGGGAUGUUGAGCUCCUUCUUCCUGAAACUUUUGUCAAUGAUACAAUAAUUGACUUUUAUAUCAAAUACUUGACCACAAGAAUUGAAUCUACCGAGAAGCGCAGGUUCCACUUCUUUAAUAGCUUCUUUUUUCGCAAGCUGGCAGAUCUUGACAAAGAUCAGGGGAGAGCUCCAGAAGGUAGAGCAGCCUUCUUACGUGUUCGCAAAUGGACCCGCAAAAUAAAUGUAUUUGAGAAGGAUUUUCUGUUCAUUCCAGUCAACUUCAACUUGCACUGGAGCUUAAUUGUUAUUUGCUAUCCUGGAGAAGUGGCGACAUUUAAAGAUGGAGAUACGAAGCUCUCAGCUAAAGUUCCAUGUAUUUUACACAUGGAUUCACUUAAAGGAAGUCAUACUGGACUCAAGGACAUCAUUCAAAGUUAUUUAUGGGAAGAGUGGAAAGAAAGGCACCCUGAAUCAGCAUCAGAUAAUUCGGACAAAUUCUUGAACUUGAGAUUUGUUUCCCUUGAGCUCCCUCAACAGGAUAAUUCAUUUGAUUGCGGCUUGUUCUUGCUCCAUUAUGUGGAAUUAUUUUUGAUGGAUGCUCCAAGGAACUUCAAUCCACUGAAGAUUGAUGUAUUUUCUGGCUUUCUUAGUGGUGAUUGGUUUGCACCUGCUGAAGCUUCUCUCAAGCGAUCGGUUGUCCGAAAGUUAAUUCAUGAGGUGCUGACAGGAUCGUUUCAGAAUCACCCUAAGCUAGCUUGCAGUGGCGAGCAGCUUGAUGAAAGACAUCAAAGAUGCUCAAAUGCUGAGCAGGAAUCAGCUAAUGAAUUUCUUGCUCAGAGGUGCACUGCUGGUGACCCUGAAACAGUUUGCACAGUUCAUGAUGGCACUCAUGAAAUACAGCCAUCCAAGUCCAUCUGUUUAAAUGAUUCCGAAGAAAAGGGGUUGCCUGUUUCUGGGUGCUUGUUGGACACUGGAAAGGUUUCAAUUGUCGAUGCACAGAAUCUACAGGUUUAUGCACCAGACAUGGAAAAUGUUUGCCUGUCAAGCCAAGCUGAGAAAAAUGAGCCAGUUAUUGCAGAAUCUAACAAUCAACUUAAUAUGAGAUCAUGUGCCCCAGGACAAGAUGAAGUGCUCAAGGGAUCAAAUUGUGUGGUAACAGAUAAGGAACAUGGAGAAUCUUUGUUUGCUUCUUUGGAUGAUAACCAAGAAGUUUCCAGUAGAACAGAAGUUGAGAUGCAGGACAUUAUGGUUUCCACGAGCUGCUCAAUUUCUGAAAUUACUGCUCAGGUAAUUGCCUGUCAAGAACAUUCUUUCCAAAGAAGUGCAGACAUUGGGGAUGAGUGCUUUAGACCUUCUCAAGAUGUGGCUUCUGUCAUGACUCUCGACUCCAUCACAGUUGAUGAUGGACCAAAUUCAGAAAGAAAUGCAGCUGAAGGUGAUCGUGGUGACCAUCAUGAAUAUACGGAUUCAGUCACAGUCGGCGACGACAAAGAUGUUGCUGAUACGAAGUGUGAAGAUAAUCUUGUGGAUCCUAUAAUAGGAGAAAGUGCUAUCAUCGAGAAUGUGAAGGAAAACAACACAACUGAUCCUGUAACAGUAGAAAAUGCCAUCAUCGAAAAUGUGAAGGAUAUUAGCACAACUGCCGACGAUGUCAAUCAUGGUGAGCUGUAUGUUUCAUCUCAGUUGCCAGAAGGAAACAUUGACAGUGGUGUGACUGUUAGUGGUUCUGAGUCGAAAUUCGGAAGCCCCGAUAAUGGUAUGGCUGGUGCUAGCACAGUUCCCUCUGACUUGAAAGAGCAAACUAUUGAAAAAGUAGUGGCAGGCGACUUUACACAUGAAAGUAACAUAAAUGCCAAGAAUAGGUCCGAGUUGGAAGUGGGAAAUACUGGAUAUAGUAUGACUGGUGUUAAUACAGUUUCCUCUGUCAUGAAUGAGGGAAACACUGACCGAAUAAUAUCAGGUGGUUGUACAAAUGCAACUGAUGUAAAUGCUGAUGGUGAGGGUUCUGGCAAUUACAAAUACUCAGCAAUGGACAGUGCAGUUCCUUGUGAAGAUGAGACAACCUGCACUGAUGGUGUGAUUCCAUCCAUGGACGUGCCCUGCAGGACUAUGAAUGAAACAGUUUUGGAGGACAAACCUUCCGAUGCUAAAAGGCCUCUGCCCGAUGGCCCCUGUGAACUUGUUGAUAGACCUUGCAUGCCGAAGAAUGAAACGUCAGAGAACACAUCUCUUGAUGGUAAGAGGUCUGCACCUGAUGGCACCUGCGAAGAGAAUCCUGGUGACAAGUGUAUACAGAAUGAUGAUGGUCAGAGCACUGAUGCAAAAAUAGAGAGGCAUUACAAGCGACGGAAGGUUCGGGCCUUAGAGAAACAGCAAAGCUUCUCGGGUGCCUCAUCGUUAGAUUAGAUUAUGGUUGAUGUGAAGCAUAGUUUUAGCUUGUGCUAUAUAUAUAGAUAUAUAACCCUUCUCGUCCUUAGGCCAUAUGCUGCUAUAUUUAUGUAAUACAGGGUACUUUGACUAAUGACUGUAGAAAUGACAAAAAAAAAGCCCGUGCGAGAUGCUGAAUAGCAGAUUUCUGCUUGACACUCUCAUUUUGUAUACUGAAAGAGACCAUGAGGUGCUAAAAUAUUUUGUGCAAAUGCACAAGCAAAUUGCUGGA